UCUCCAGAUGAAACACAACUAAUAUUAACUAAACUGCCUCAAUUAUGGCUCCAAAAACGUUGGAAGAAAUUCUCAAGGAAUUGGGAUGGGAUAGCGGCUUCCGUGUUCCCGUCUCCAAUGAGGAGAACCGUCUUCUCGAAGAGGAAGUGGCCAGGCUGACGUUGCAGAAGCUGAACGUCGUCAGCAAGCAUACCGCAUUAGAAGGCCGGGUCGAGGCUUUGAAGAACCACUACAAGUUCAUCAACCAGGAAAUCGAUCAAACACAGAAGCUGAUAACCACUCACAAGCAACAGCUGGACAGCGAGAACAACCGCUACGUGGACACCAGACAGGAGAAGAAGAACUGCGAGAAUGACAUCAAAAACACCCUCAAAAAAAUCGAAGAGGCCGAAAAGAAGGUGGAAGUACAGAAGUCGCAGAUCGAAAGAAACCUGAUGAAAAUGGAGAAGCUGAAGGCGGAAACCGAUUGGGACGAGGCCGCCCUGAACGCCUGGGACGACGCCCUGAAGAAACGCGACGAGGACAACGAGCUAAUAAAAAAGUUCUCCGAAGAGGACGAAAGAAAGUACAACGAAUUGGAGAGCCGAAGGCAGAUACUCCAGGUGGAGCACAUGGCGAGGAGCGAGGCCAUCGCCAAAAUGGUGUGCGACAUACAGAACUACGAACUCGUCAUGGAACGAACUGGAAAAAUGAUAAAACAGCAAGUAAUAGAACGAAAUUCGUUUAUAAACCAGUGGAAGGACACGAUAAAAAUACUCCAGCAAAGAGACGCGGACAUAGCGAAGUCCCAGGAGAAGCUAAUCACCAUUCAGGAGGUGAUAGACAAACAAAACGAAGCCCUCCUGGAACAACAGAAGUUUCUAGAGCACGAAAAAAGCAACAAUAGAGCCCUAAUGCUAGAGCUGCAAGAUCUAAGCGCUCAAUUCUCUAAACUCAAAAAGGACUAUCUCAAUUCCCAGUUAGAGAUACAAAGAAUGGGUCCCGAGGUUCAUGCUUUAAAAACUUCAGUGGCGGUAACUUCAAAACAACUAGAAAAUGAACGUGUAAAAAACAAGCAGCUGGACCAAUUUAUCGCCGACAAGGACAUGAAAAUCAUUAAACUAAGUAACGAUUUAAGAAUUCUUACGCAGAAAGCUGAAGAAAUGCUACAAAAUCAAAGUGGCUCAGCUGAAAGAGUUGCCAAUCUGGAUAAAUUAUACCUAAUUGAGCAAGAACAGGAGGAGUUAAUAUUUCAAGAAUGUGAGAAGCUACAAGAUCAAUUGUAUCGCAACCAAAUGAAAUUGAAGGUCGAAGAAGACUCAAUCAUAAGUGUCCGAAAUGAAAUAAAGAGCUUGAAGAACAUGAUCAGCCAAAACAAGAAAAGAAUAUUAUUAUUACAAAAGCAUUUGGAUAAAAAUAUUGAAACGGCGUACGACUUUGACUUCCGAAUAGGACUGUUGGAGAAAGAGUUGUACGAAACGGAGGAAACACAUUAUGACGACGACUAUGAGGAAAAAGAAGGUCGUAUUAUAGAACUAGAUGCCGAAUUGACACAACUUAACGAGACGAGCAAUUUCCUUCAAGACCAAAUAACUAAAAUCCACGACGAAAUGCGACGUUUAUCCACUGCGAUGGCUUUAGAUAAAAAGGAACUUGAAAAGCUAAAGGAGAAGUUGGAAUACCAAAUGAUUUUUUGCGACAUUGGCCAAAAGCAAUUAUCCACUGUACAACAAAGUGUCCAAGAAAAGCACGUCGAAGAAAACAUUAUAAGAUUGCAAGUGGCAAACAUUGAGAAAAACGUCAAAAAAGAAGAUAACAGCAUCCUGACAUUGCAAAGAAUUAGAUUGGCUUUAGACCAGGCUGUAAAAGAAAGACAAGUGGAAAUUAACGCCACCAAAACAAUACUCUCCGCCAAACUAAGAAGUAUUGAUGAAGAAAAACGUCAGUUAAAGGCCGAAAUUGCCCAACGAAACAACAAAUUAGAUAUUCUACAGAAAAGAUAUCAUGUCUUCCUGAUGAGCUUAGGAAAGGAUGAGGAGGGUAAUCCAGUUUCCGUAGCCCACAUCAAGGUUAAGGUAGCACAGGAGAAGUUCUUUUUGCGGCAAGAAGGUGACGAUUUGGAUACCAAAAUUCAAACUGCGGAGAAAGAAAUUGUCGCCAUGGAAAACACUUUGAAGCUGGUGAACGUCUCCAAUGAUAAUUUUAAAGUUAGCUUGGCUGCAGUGAAACCUGAUGGAGAAGAAAUGCUUGCCCUUAAGGCCAUAGAAGACGACAUAAUUAAUGCUGGAUUUAAGUUAAAAGAAUCCAAGGCAAUUCUAUCUCGAAAAAAGAAGCAGUUUAAAGAAAUCAGAGAAAUUUUUGAUGACGCACUUAAGAAGAAACAACUAGAAAAAGAAAUACUUAUCCAAAUUGAACAAGAAUUUAGAUCGAUAAGGCGACAAGAGCAAGACAAACAAGAAAAAUUAGAAAGAGCAGAACUUCAUUUAAACAAAUUACGAAAGUCUCUUUCCAACGUGAACACUGAAAGAUUCGACCGAGACUUUGUUAUACGAAGAAUGAAGGACGCCAACAACACCGUUUUAUACGAAUUGGCGAAGCUGAAUGUCAAAUUUCAAGUCCUGUCGCCAAAAAUCGUUUAUUACAUCUCAGAAUACGGUUUGCAGUUACCAAGACCUGAUAAGUCGCCUUCAGUUAGCUCAAAUGGUUCGUUCACACUUUAUACAUCAUCAUCAGCCACAUCAUCAACUACUUCAACGUUGGCUACCUAUGGUAAACCAAAGUCUGACUCUUCUGAGUCAGCAUCUCUGAAUAAAGUCACACUUUCACUGAACUUUUAAAAGGAAAUAAUGCAUAUUUAUUGUUUUCCUUAGAUGUCUUAGAUAAAUUAUCACCCAAUGUAAUAAUAAAACUUUAAAAUUAAUAUAUAUUUAUUUAUUA